GUGAAAGGCCGAGUUAGAUAAGUCCGAGUUUCAUAUGGGCCGAGGAAUCGGUUAUUAUCUAGUCGUUAAAGCGUUUUUCACAAUAACAUUUUAUGUUUGGCAGCUGAAGAAAAUUGUCAACCCCGAGAAAAAAAUUUGCGUGCACAAACUCGAUAGUCUAACAUAAUCAAUUUCAUAGCAAAAUCAAGAUGGGGUGGUGUUCAGAAGAUUUGUUUCCAACGAAAUUCAGUUUGAUCAUAUUUAUUUCGUAUAUGGCACUGUUUAUAAAUCAAGGUAUUUUGGUAACAGCAUCUAAAAGUAAAGAUAACACAUACAAUUACAAUACUGUUACAGCUGUGCUAUUGACGGAAUGUGUCAAGCUUGUGGCAGCAGCUUGUAUAUUUUUAAAAGAUAAUACAGUCAGUUCUCUGCUGUCCGAUAUUACCAAGCAUAAAGAUGUGCUACUGUAUUACAUGGUACCAUCAGCGUUAUAUUGUUUAUACAAUAACCUGGCUUUUGUAAACCUGGCCUCCUAUGAUCCAACAACAUACUUCCUAUUAUUACAGUUCAGAGUUGUAUUGACUGGUGUCAUAUUUCAGAUUGUUUUCAAUAAGAAGUUGACAACUCUCCAGUGGGUAUCAUUAGGAUGCCUUACAUUUGGAUGUAUCUUGAAAGAAUAUGGCAAAAUGUCUGAGAAAACAGGUGCCACAUCAUCAGAUUUCAUGUCCUACCUUGAUCCACAUCUGUUUCUUAUCAUCGUCCAGGUGUUUAGCUCAUGUUUUGCAGGUGUGUACAAUGAGUACCUGUUGAAAGACAAAGGGGUUGACGUCCAUAUAAUGGUACAGAAUGUAUUCAUGUAUUUAGAUUCUAUCCUUUGUAAUGUCGUAGCUCUGGGAUUUAAAGGAGAUUUGGCCAAUGCCUUCACAUUUACGAGUCUCAGCGCUAUGGCCCAACCAAGUGUGAUAUGUAUAGUUCUGAACAAUGCUGCUAUUGGCAUAGUCACUAGUUUAUUCCUACGAUCACUGAAUUCCAUUUUGAAGACAUUUGCCAGUGCUUUAGAACUGAUGUUUACUGCAGUUUUGUGCUGGAUGAUCUUUGGCAUAUCAAUAGACAUGUACACAGUAGUGGCACUUGGAAUUGUAACUGCAGCCACUUUUCUGUAUUCUCACAAACCUGUUGUCAACCUGGCCAAGACGGAUGAGCACAAAACAAAAGAAGAUGUCUAAAUAAAUCUGUUUACGUUUUAGAAAGACAGAUACCUUUAAAACCAAUGAAACAAAACCAAAACCUUGUAAUUUGCCAAAAUGACAACAUGUUUGUCUUUUCAGAUGAGGGCUUUAACUUUUUUUUGUCAUGUUGUUGAAAAUUUAUAUACUGUUAAGUUUUAUUUCUGCCCCAAAAUCAUUUGCUAUUAAUUUGGUUAAAGUAUUUGAAACCAUGAUUUAAACCACUUAUGGUAGUUUAGGACUUUAUAUAUAAACACACACAAAAUAGAAGGCAAUAUUCUAAAUGAAAAACAUGAUUUCCUUAAAGGACUGGUUUUGAG